AUGUCUGAUUCACCGGGUAUCAACAACAAUCGCCAUGGCAGCGUCGCUGUAGUCGGUUUGGGUUCCGACAUAGCAAAAUCUGGACGCCACGACGACGCGUCCGAGAAUAGCAACGAGGCGCAAGAGUGUAGUGUCCAAGCUGAAAAUCGUAGAAAGUACCGCAAUGAUGGCCCCCCUCGAACCACAUCCAGCGCUGCGUUAGAUAGUGAGCCCAACCUUUCGCAAGCUCGGCUCAGCGGCAAUCGCAAAGGCCUUCGUAUUCGAGUGAAGCCAGAGAGUACGAGUGCGAAAAGCGGCAAGCAAUGGGGUAACUUGGUACCACCUGCAUCCUUUUCUGGAGAACAAGACGAAAACGCUGGGCAUGACGAUGAAGAUGCAGUCCGCCGCGCUAUCCAAUUGUCGCUGGCCGAUCAGUUUGCCCCAACUUCACCUGGGCGCCCGAACUCGCCUGUAGACGAGUCUGAUUUCCAGAACAAUGUCACUAUCAUCAAGCCACUCCCCUUGUUCGGAUCUGAAAAAGCAUUGGCAUCAAAUUCCAUGGCACCACAAGCUUUUCUCGAUAACCUCAUCCCUAGCAUGAAUGACAUAGUAGAAAGGCUGGAAAAAUGUGCAGAGAAGAAUCGCGCUGUAAACCUUUGGGAGCUGGCAAGUCAUGUCAAAAAGUGGGAGCAAACCCUUACUGCAGUCGGUUAUAGCAUCGAAGCGGCUGAGCGUCGUCGAUGGGAGGAUUUGCAGAUGCACGUUCAAUUGGACAGCGAGAUACAAGAGAAACACGACAUGGAAAUGGCUAGAGUGACUCAAGGGUGGCAAGAAAAGUUGAAUGACCGCGCAUCGAUGUGGAUGAGGACAAUGGAAGAACUGGAUGAGCAUCAUAGGAUCCAAUUUGAGCAGCAACAUGAGCUAUGUAGGAAAAAGCUGGAAGAACAGAAGCAGAUGUACGAAAGGGAGAUUGCGCUGCAAACCGUCGAGACAGCAAGUCAUGAUGCCAAAUCUGGACUUGGAGGCAGGCCACGCUCUGCCAGGGCCCUAUCGCCCUCCCCAACAGUUAUUAUGCGCCGCCAGACGGACAUCACUGGACCCUACAUUGAGCUCACAGAUAGCGAGUGCGAGAAUGACACAUCUCAGGUAGCCCCAAACACUCCUCACCAGCUUGGACAUGACCUCGACACGCUACAGCCUAUUGCACGGGGCCAAACAUCCGGCGAUGGAGCCAAUAGCCAGACUUCCCCAGAAGGAGUUUCGGACAUCAAGCACACAUGCAAUGCUCACAGCCAUCGACACAGGAAGAGGUCGGCGCGAGUUCCAGCUUCUGGCAUCCAAGGCGAAACACGAAAAAAUAGGCAUAAUCGGUCAACGGGCAGUGAGGACUCUGGAGGAGUCGACCUGCGCACUUCACGUUCACCUGAGAAGCGCAAACGAGACAUGGAACACACGGAGGUGGCGGUGGAGAGGAGCUGGUCGCCCAAGAAGACAAAGAGCAAGUAA